UUUUAAUGGUAACGAGAGGACUGCUAAUAUGUUUUUCAGUGGCUCGUCGUCCAGGGAGCCGGACGCCUGGCAAGUCGACUCCCUCUUACGCUGAUCGAGCUCCACACCAUCAUGCACGUGCUUUGUGCUGUUGCAAUAUACGGGUUCUGGUGGCAUAAGCCAAUGGAUAUCCAAUACCCCGUCGUGCUGCGUCUCGAACCAGACCUGGCGGAGAAGAUAUACUGUUCGUUCGAUGGAAGCCACGACCGUCGACCACCAAUUUUCAGAAAACAGACUCAUGACACUUACAAGAAAGAUACAGUACCGCAUGUGCAGGUGGACUCUGGAAUACCGAAUUCUACUUCUCGCGUGAAGGGUAUGGUUCGAGAUGGGCCUGCAGACCCCGUCAUACAGGACCAUAUCCCUCACAGGAACGAUGCGAAGGAUGUUCCGACGGUCCUUGGAGCAAAGAAUCGUACUUCUUAUGUGGAGGAAACGGUUGAGGAUGUGCUUCACGUGCCUGGCGUGCCUGCAGACGCCGGGAUAGAGAGCCAACCAGCCCAUAUGGACACAAAAUACCCUGAGCGCUUGGAAGGCAACCGCUUUCGUACACGCAGCCGUCGUAUUCGGAAACAAAAUUUCCACCAUUUGUUCUACUAUACCCGCUGGUUUAACUCCUUUCUUUUGUGGCCCCCAUCCGAUGGUGAUGAUUCUGCGAGAGGGCCCGCCCUCCGAAAUCGAUGCGACACAGCAUUUAGCCUCUGGCCUCGGGAAAUUAGGUUUGACAGUUCGGCUCGGUCGAAUUUAUGUGCUCGGUCACGUAUGGUGCUGCAGUGUGGCUCUGCGCGGCCCAAAAUGGUCCGGAGGAAAUCGUGGCUUGUGCUUGUGGCUUUCUCUGUGACUUAUGGCGGUGCUCAUGCCGGGGCAUGGAAUACACACAUGCCAAGUGAAGUUGAGCUCCUAUUCCGGAGGAUCUCCUCAGUUGGGCUCGCGACCGGGAUACCACUGGGAAUCUGUAUUUAUCGAGGCAUGGAUGAGCUCAACGAAAUUUUACGCAAAACGAGCCUGAAAGUUAUGGAGAAUCGAGGUACGGAGAGUCAAGGUAUGGAGAGAGGUAUGGAGAAUCAAGGUACGGAGAGUCGAGGUAUGGAGAGAAGGGGUACGAAGAGUCGAGGUUGGAAAUACCAGGUGCUGAAUUACAUGAGGCGGUUGUUGUUAUUCUUACUCUUUAGUUUCUUAGCUCUCCAUGCCCUCUUCAUCCUCGCUGCUAGGUUUUUCGUGGUAGUCGAGUCGUUCAUUAGUCUUCGCAGCCUUCCGAAGGGCUCCUUCGACGUUGUUCCAUGGAGCAACUACUGGCCGCAUUUUUGAGACGAUCAUUUCUUUCGCAUCUUUUCUUUUAUCGCGGCUGGAGGUUUCUGGGGUCUCUGGUUGUUGGGAUUUCUUUCAUUUCUCUUUUCGUUGAUAAUGUUUUGCUUGUUUUCAUUUCGUUUGCAUGCGAAGGUUUGAGGAAGAGGGAUACCACAUCACAGUCGAUCACCCGUUCUGCUCUAUGUGGUCUAACGCCAUAUAUUUGUUUAAGGCGCUUAGAAUUUCGUAGUGGUGCACCACU